AGGCAUUUUACCGCCAUUUUGGAUUAUGUUGUGGAGAAGGCUGUAGACAUCAAACUUGACGGCUAUUACAUAAUUAUCAGCGGUAUAGUUUAUAAGACUUCACUGCUUAUCCCACAAAACAUGCCCCUCUGGUCACUAUAAGGACCAAGUUGGAGCUGUCCCACCCAUCUAGAUGUCUCGACGAAUCUCCGUGGUCCUGGAGGGAAGAUCGGCAGAUGAAGGCCACUCCCAACGAGGGCGCUACAUGUCAUCCUACCUCCGCCUCCCAGGCUCUGAUCAGGAGUUUGACCUGGUACAGUUGGAUCACUGUUACUCCAAGCCAUGGAGCGCCCACCCAGAUGCGAGCAAUGCCAGACCCAUGCGGACACUCUUUAUGGCCAAGUUCCCCCGCAAUCACGGAUCGGAAGGGACUGGAGAGGAGAACCUGCCACUAGAUGUCGUCAGUCUGCCCUCCACACCCACACUGCCAUACGACCUGACCAAGGCUCGCAGUCUCAUGAGUGAGUGUGAGAGACAUGUCAGCUUUGCCAGAGUCGAGGAGGGGACAGACGACUGGGAAGAACAGAUUGUCAGGACUGGGUGGACAAUGCAACAGAAUCGUCUCUUUAACAAAGUGAUGAAAGCACUUCAAGCAGACCGACUAGCUCGACUCAGCUGUCUUGAUACAGAGCCAAUCCAAAGGCGGGUGCACAUUGACAAGACAGCCAAGCGUGUGAGACAAGCUUUAGCCAGUGUAGGAUGGGACAUGAAGCUGGCUCAGUGGCUGCACAUCACCCUGUUUGAGAAUCUCAGUCUGUACCUGCUGUCUGCCUACCUGGAUGUUUUGCAGACACUCAAAGCUAAGGUCCCCUCCCUCGUAGAUCGCAUGAUGGCCGCGACAGCAAGUCGGACACCACCUGUCACAUCGGAGGCUCUUAACCUUCUGCUGAAGAGGCCAUGGGACCCAGUGCACAACACACUCUCACAGCAGAAGCCAAAGAAGUUGCCUGGCAACCCGCUCCUCCUGAUAGCCCCAAGUGGCCCUAUCCACUCCAGUAUCGCAUAUUCCAAGAGGAGCAAGUUCUGGAAUGCCCAGCUGUCCAACUUGGGCAAAGUGAUCCCUGUUACCAUGCACACAGUCAACGGAGGCAGCGGGGUCGGCAUCGCACAGUGCCUCGAACACAUGAUAGGAGCUGUCAGGACCAAGGUGCUGGAGUCAAAGAGUCAUUCCCAGAAUCGACCCAUCAUUCUUAUUGGGUGGGAUGUUGGAGCUCUUGUUGCCUGUCAUGUUGCGCUGGUGGAGUUGGUGACGGCUGUGGUGUGUCUGGGGUUCCCUUUCACAGGCAUCAGUGGAGGAAGAGGGGAUGUGGAGGACCCCCUCCUGGACAGCAAAACUCCCACAUUGUUUGUGGUCGGCCAGCACUCCAGUGUGUGUGAGAUAGAUGACAUUGAGGACCUACGGGAGAAGAUGAAGGCAGAGAAUGGGCUCCUGAUGGUAGGCGGGGCAGACAAUCAGCUCCGUGUGAGCCGGGCAAAGAAGAAGCAAGAGUGUGUGACACAAGUCAUGGUGGACAGGUGUAUUCUGGAUGAGAUUUGUGAGUUUCUGGGAGGAAUCUUGUCCCAGUCAGCAACAGCAUUAGAAGGCUUGGACCAGUCUGUUGAUAUUGACAUUCGCAACAAGAAGAAAAGGCGGGUAUCUCGAGAAAUCACACAGACAAUCACCGAGUCACCUUUCACUGUGUCAUCAAGAGGCCGAGGUCGUGGGAUGAGACAGGCCUUUGCAGGUGUGACCUUCAGCUCUCAACUAUCUCCUGCUGAUGAGACACAUUUGUCAGCAGAUAUUCCUGUAUCCACCCUCAAACUAUCAAAUCGCCGGGGCACUCCUAAGAAACGCCAGGCAAGAAGUCCCAUCACUAGUGUCCCGAGGAAGAAGAUCUCACUACCAACAACUGUGUCAGGGAGCAGUCUCACAUCCCCGAAGCUAUCCAGCAGAUCAGCUGGAAAUGUCCCACAGCCCUUGACAAUACCAGGGGCCAGGGAGCUCUCAGGGCUGCUUCAGGGAGUCAAAGGGAAUGGAUCGGAAGAAGGCACCGUGCCCAAGAGCACCAGCGUCACGACUGUACCCCUGUCUCAGAUCCUCACCUCAGCAGCCCUUGCCAGUCAGCGAACAUCAGACAGCCAGUCAGGGGGAACGCUGCUGGCGACAGCUGUGAAGAGUGACCAGGUCCCAGGUGAGAAGACAGCAGAGACGGUUCCCAUACAGCUGCAGACUGGGACAUCAGGGAACCACUCACAGAUCCUUCUGAGGACCGGAUCCAAGCCUUUCUCUAUUCCUCUUUCCAUGGCCCAGAAGCUUGUGUCAGGGUCACCUCUGGUUCACAUCACCACUGCAGCCACAGCUUCUACACAGAUACAGCAGCUGCUGUCAACUAUAGGCAGGUCUGUGUCCUCAACAGGAACAGGGUCAAGCGGGCAGACAGCCAUGAUCAUUACUAGUGCAGCCCCAAGCACAAGCCAGUCUUCUACAGUGGCCACUCAAGCUGGAAACCUGGACACACAGACACUGGCAGGUCAAAGAUCGGGCUCUGCCACAGACAAGACAACGACUGUCACCAGCACUGUUUCCCCAACCACCUGGCACCCAUCUCCAGACCAGGAGAAGGUUCAGGCCAUUCAGAGACUCCAGUUCCAUGACUUCCCCCUCACCACAGCCUCACUGUCAGUGUCAUCAGGGGCAAUAUCUGUGACUCAGGCUAAGAUACUUUCAAGUUCUCAGUUAGAUCUGGCAAGGUUACAGUCCAUUUCUGAACCUGGUAAAGGUCCUGUGCAAAUUGCUGUCAGCAAAAGUCUCAUCAGCCCAAAUACACUGACAGUGUCUCUGCCAAGUAGUUCCGUUACUAAAACAGUGUCUCAUUCCACUUUGAUUGCAUCAUUAACUCCGCCAGGUAAACCUGCACAAUCAGUUCCAUCUGGAAAAUCAUCGUCAGUGCUCCCAUCAGCAACCCGACCAGACAGACCUCCAUCUGUAAUGUCUACAGAGCCCCUGGGUAAGGUGUCAUCUUUACUGGAGUCUAGUCCUGUCCUGUCCCCUUCGGCUCCCUCCCCAGGGCCAAGCUCCUCACCCCCAUCCAGUGCUAUCCCUAAGACAGUUGAGGCGGAACUAUCCCAAGACUUGUCUCCCACGAGUAAAACAUCCCCAAAGAGUGGUCCAAAGGGUGUGACGUCCUCCUACAGUGCUACAGCUAAAACCGUCCUCCCAACAAUAGCAUCCACAAGAACUAGACGCAUCAGAACACCCAAGCAGUAUGACUUAUGAUUUCAUUCUUAACAGGAACUGUGCAUUGUAUUGCUUGGAUAGAUUGGCUUUGUGUUCAAAUGUCAUGAUGUCUGUUGGUUUAAAAACUCAGCACUUAUGCUGUUGUCAAAAUGCCGUUCCAACAAUAUUGUCCACACUGGCAAGACGCCUCAGGACACCAGUAUGACAUGUGAUUUGAUAUUUAACAUGAACUAAUGGCAUUUUAUGGCUUGGAUAGAUCGGCUUGGUGUUGAGGUGCAUUUCAUGUGUUGAAUGUGUUCAAAGCUCCAGUGCAUUUAUAAAGGUGGUAAGGAUUUGACUGGAUGUCAGCAUUUAUCCUGCACAGCAGGACUGACAGGACAAGCAACUGCAGUAGUGUCAGUCUAUGCUGAAAUCAUGUGAGCCUAGGCUUGAACUUGACUCUGAACUUAAAGUCAUUUUCUGCUAAUUUCGAUAAGAUUUUUUGACAGAUGUGCUUCUAGACCAACAAGGAUUUUACUAGUCUUGGGCUUCAGACUAGUCACUAAAUGCUGGUUAGCUGUGUGCUGUAUCCCUAAGGGUAAAGUAUGUUUCAUUAGACAGUAUUUUAUUAAAACAAGAUAACGAGAAUGAUCUCGAGGUAAAAGCCUCUAUAAUGGGAAUUGUCAUUUUAAAAUAUGUAUCACUUGUACAGGAAUCUUCCUACUGAUUUUGUACAGAAAAUCUUAAUGCAUACCACAUCCAUCCACUCUUGACACUUGCUUCAGACAUCUGUUUAUCAUGGAAGCGGAUAUAUAUGCUACUUUUGUUAGGGACAAUCAAAUAUGUUACGUAGAGCUUGACGUUAUAUGUAUAUUUUAAUGCAUGUAAUGUGGAAAGAGUGAAAAAUAUCCCAAUGAAAAGUGGAGUAUAUUACCAUGAAUGAGAUCUGUUUGUGUUCAUAUUGAUUCUGGGUUAGAAUGUGUCUCCAGCAACCAAUGAUUGUAAGAGUUAGCUAAACCCCACGACCAAUGACUGUAAGUGUUGAUGCAACCCCACAACCAAUGAUUGUAAGGCAGCUUUGUGGAUUGGGUAGUCAGGGUUAGUGACCCAGACGGUUGACUGUCAGCCUAUCCUGAUGGCAGGGGGCUGUUGCUCAUGUUAUCAAUCACUGGUUUGUCUUGUCCAGAUUUACUGGCAAACAAGGACAAGUUGAACUGGCGCAGAAAAUGCGUUUACGCAAACUCAUAUGGUUUGUGAAAGGUAGAGCAUAUGUAUGCUAGUGCAUGUGCAUUGCAUGACGA